AUGGCAUCCAAAUUGCUUUCGAAAUAUGAUACUAUGCCUAAACUUAUUCCUCCGGAGGAUCGUUCAAUAACUGCACUAUGUAUUGGUGGUAUUCCAGCUGGAAUGACUGAAAAAGAUCUGCGCAAUCAUUUAUACCAGUUUGGAGGGCUACGUUCCGUCAAUCUUCAUGCGAAACAACAUUGUGCAUUCAUACAGUUUGCAACAAGAGGUGUUACUGAGCAGACCUAUGACCGAUUAAUUUUGGGUGGUCAUAGACUAACUGUCAAAUCACCAGCUGACUAA